UCAUUGCUGAUAGAUCACAUCGAGCUACAGCUCGGCAGCUGAACAUUGUUUCGACAGCGUUGUGUGAACAAUUUUUGUGACAUAGCGGCAUAAAAGCGCUGACAUCGCGUCUUUUUAAGCUAUAUUCAAUAUAGCUUAAAGCCCCACUAUCACUAACAAUGGCCGCAUAGAAGCAAAGUUUUUGGGCUCUGCCCAAUGUGUUCAAAAAUCCCAUUUAAAGAAAUUCGUGGAAAUCUGGUGCAUAUCACUCUUUUCUAAUCUGCAACUAACUCGUGAUUAAAUUUUUGGCCAUUCAUCAGAUAUUAUCGAAUACUCUGCUGUAUCGCAAUCGGCAAGCGUGAGAGCUAACGUUAACGCUUUGUAUGUUAUUUGUACGUAAGUUCAUCAUCACAGAAACAAUAAGUUAUUCAAAUUGAAGCAAUUAUUCAAGCGCAAACGACACUAACAUCAGGAAGGGAGGCAGCAAAAAUCGUCUCGUUUUUGCUGGAUCGAAGCGAUCCUACUGGUCGAUUUGGUGAGAAUCGCUCAUAGCGACCCCUCCAAAAACGACGAGGCUUGAUCGUAGACGAUCCGAGGGCAGAUAAAAACAGCAGGACGUAAAGAUAGAUAGCGAAACCUCGUUUAAAACGAACGGAGAAAAAUUGUUUAUCGUCCACUGACGUUUGGCACCGAUCAAAAUCGUGACAAUGAGCGGCAGCACCGGAUGUCCCUGGGGAAAACUGCCCAAACAGCAGGCAGCGUCUUUCGAUGAUGUGAUGAGCGAGGAGCUGGCGCGCGAGUUCCAGCGUGAGAAUUUAAUCUCUGCUUCAAUGAUACCAUUUGAAAAUCAAGUCCGUAGCUCUGACACUUCCGAUGACUCAGGCACCGGAGGCCUUGCGGUCGUUCCUAAUACUGAUGAUGAUCUCCUUUUGGCAAAGUUGCUACAGGAGCAAUUUGAUCAUGAAGCACAGGUGGAAAAAAAUCGUCACGAGGUUCUAGGCAUUUCAUUGGGGAGCGAUCGCGAUGGUUCGAAUGCACGGAAGCUCAAAAACGGUGAUUCCAUCGGCGAGGAAGAUAGUUCGAGUGACUCUGAGAUCGAGGACGUGGACCGUUUUGCAACACAAGCGCGCACGGACCCAGCUAUCGGGUUCCGUGGUUUUUCAAGAAACCAAGACGGUAUUAUGAAGACGAAGCACGAUGCCGAAAUGUGUGGCAGGCGACACGCUUGUAAGGUGAUGGAACUGACUUCGUCGAUUGCCACUGGGGACGGUUCCGGCUUCGACAUGAAGCUCAAUAAUAGCGUUUAUAACUCCCUUAGAGUCCAUUCGAAGAUGGAGGAACGUCGUGCUGCUCGUCUCCAUGACAAGAAGGAAAAAGCUACUGUCGAACAGAGUAUGGACGUAAAUACGCGGCUUCUCAUUUACAAACUGAUCAAUCGUCAGAUACUUGACGAAGUAAAUGGCUGUAUUUCUACCGGCAAAGAGUCGACCGUCUUCCAUGCAAGGGGUGGAUCUAACGAGGAGUUCAACGUUCCUGAAGAGUGCGCGAUAAAAGUAUUCAAAACAACCCUGAAUGAAUUCAAAAAUCGUUCGGACUAUAUCAAAGAGGACUUUCGAUUCAAGGACCGUUGCAAGCUCAACCCACGGAAGACUAUUCAUGUGUGGGCCGAAAAAGAGUUAAACAAUCUACAAAAAAUUCACCGUGCCGGGAUCAACUGUCCGCAGGCUAUCAUUCUCAAGAAACACGUGCUCGUAAUGACAUUUAUAGGAAGCGAAGGCAAGCCAGCUCCGAAGCUUCGUGACGCUCAUCUCAAUCGAGACCAACUUCGAGAAGCUUGGUAUCAAUGCUUUACCAUACUGAAAAGGCUUUAUAGUACGUGUAAACUGGUACACGCUGACCUGUCCGAAUAUAAUUUACUUUGGCACCUUGGCCACGUUUGGGUUAUCGAUGUAUCCCAAGCUGUGGACCAGUUUCAUCCUCAUGCUCUCGAAUUUCUUCUCCGUGACUGCACAAACAUUUCAGAGUUUUUCCGCAAACAGGGGCUUCCUGGCGUGCCGGCAGCGAAAGCCCUUUUCCGGGAUGUGUCUGGUCUACAAUUGCCCGGUGAGGGUGCCGAACUUCUUUCACAGAUUCGUAACUUCGUCCGAGAGGAGGAUCUGCUGAAACGAGAAAAUGAGCAAUUUUACGAUCAAAGUGACCGAUUUGAAAUCAUGUUUGGUCACGAAACUGCCCUCCUUAAUGUGGCUAAGUCAGAUACUGCUGCUGUUACGGAUUAAUGAAAUCGACAAUAACCCGAUAACAAUAGAAGCCCGAAUAUAACCAGAUUUCCAUUCGGACCCUUGAAGCAUGCCACUAGCAACAAGGUCUGCACACCAGAAACUUAGCUCAAGGUGUUCCAGCUGUCUUACUGCUUUAUAAUAGCUAAAUUUAUGUACAUGAAGACACUUGGAGCUGACCACUCGGGAUUGGGCUUUCAGUUUGAGAAUUUCGUAUUAGUAUGGAUCUUGAUGAAACUGGCAUACUGUUAUUCGACUUUAAUCAUUGAUCGAACAUAAAAAAACAUGUGUGAUACAGCUCCUAAUAAACAUUUGGAAGCUACUGUGAUCUUCACUAAAUUUAUUA